CACAUGUACAAUACAUGCAAGUAAAACAGACGAACCAAGCCAUCGGCGCCCACCUGCAUGUUGAAUCGUCCCAGCUGCGAGGUUCGGCUUUAUUUUCUUUUCUUAUUCCCCUUGUCGUCUUCCCUCGCCGGCCGAGAGAUCCAGGGGAAACGAAAGAUGGAUCGCCGUGACAUCCAUCAUCCAUCGUCCACGGAUCGGAAACCCACGAGGGACGUACACUACGUUGGGUGUGUGCCCCAUGGGCCCGUCCCUCCGUCGCAUCCAUCUCAUCUGACAUUAGGCGAAUGCGAGCAAGUCCAAGCCACAUGGCCCACGUUGCAUUGGGCGGCCUUUCUACGCUAGUGUCCAGUCUAUGAUGCACUACUCCGUACA